CGCCUAGCCUAGCCUAGCCUAUUUUGUUUCCAGCGAAGUCGAUGCCUGCCUCUGUCUUUGCCUCUGCGAGCCCCUUUGGCCUUUCCCGCCGCAGCAGGAGCACUAGCAGUCUGCAUAUCAUCGCACAAGCUCGUGUCCGUUCGUCUGUCGGUCUCCCGACGAGGCCCGGCCGCAACCCCUAACCAAAUCCUCUUUCUUCCCCCCCCCCCCCUCUGAAACCUACCGGAAAGGGCUCGGCACCCGACCAGACCACCUCUCCUCGUGAAUAAAGGAUACAUCGCGCAAGCAAGCGAGCAAGCUAUUAUUUUUUCCCCUUCUCCUUUCCGGUGCUUGAAUCGUCUGCCUAUAAACCCUAGAAAGAGUACAAUCCUCCUCGUGCCAAUCCCUUCCUUCCUACAGCCGUCCGCCAAUACAAAACGACACUUAAAAUUCAAAAGAUCACUUCUCUUCGUUUUUGUUUUAUUCAGCGGAGCUGAGCGGGGCGGGGCAGGGCAGGGCAGGGCUGUUAUGGGUUUAUUAGUUUGCAGGUUUGAAGAUCUAUCACAGCUCUCUCCACUCGGCUUUUCGCUCUCCCUGGCCUCUGCUGCUGCUGGAUAUUGAGAGAGCGGUUAUCCUUCUUAUGCACCGCCACCACCGCGGGCACGCGCAUAUGACGUCGCCGACACGCAGUUUCUGGCCCUUGAAAGCUGAACAUGGAAAAUGAGGUCAUCGAAUUCGAUAUAGGUCUAGGAGGCGCUGGCGCUGUCAGCGGAGACGAUGCCAUCGACUGUGAGCACCCUCUCCUUGAUGAAGAGAUGGCAGAUAGUUCUCCCACCACCGCGUCCGCCGCCGCCGCCGCCGCCGCCGCCUCCGGUGGUGGUAGCAGCGGCGUUUGUGGAGAAAUCUACAUUCCUCAAGGGGACCCGGAUCUUGAGCCUUACGAGGGGAUGGAAUUUGAAUCUGAAGAGGCUGCCAAGGCUUUUUACAACUCCUACGCCCGGCGUGUUGGGUUCAGCACCCGUGUUAGUUCCUCUCGCCGUUCCAGAAAGGAUGGAGCAAUCAUACAGAGGUCUUUUGUUUGCGCUAAAGAAGGGUUUCGGAACUUAAACGAGAAACGCACCAAAGAUAGAGAGAUCAAGCGGCCAAGAACUAUUACCCGAGUGGGAUGCAAAGCAUCCCUGUCCGUUAAGAUACAGGAUUCUGGGAAAUGGGUUGUCUCCGGCUUUAUCAAGGAGCACAAUCACGAACUGGUUGCUCCAGACCAGGUGCAUUGCCUCCGCUCACACCGCCAAAUCUCUGGGCCCGCCAAGACCUUGAUAGAUACCUUGCAAGCGGCUGGAAUGGGCCCUAGGAGGAUAAUGUCAGCCUUAAUCAAAGAAUAUGGUGGUAUCAGUAAAGUUGGAUUUACUGAAGUAGACUGUAGGAAUUACAUGAGAAAUAAUCGCCAGAGGAGCUUAGAGGGAGACAUUCAACUUCUUGUGGAUUAUUUGAGGCAAAUGCAUGCUGAGAAUUCCUCAUUCUUUUAUGCUUUGCAGGGUGACGAGGAUCAGUGCACAGGUAAUGUCUUCUGGGCUGAUCCAAAAGCAAGGAUAAACUACACCUACUUUGGUGAUACCGUAACCUUUGACACAACAUAUAGGUCGAAUAGGUACCGUUUGCCGUUUGCUCCCUUCACUGGUGUAAACCAUCAUGGACAACCUGUUUUGUUUGGAUGUGCUUUUCUAAUAAAUGAAUCAGAAGCAUCAUUUGUCUGGCUAUUUAGGACGUGGCUUACAGCAAUGUCUGGUCGCCCUCCUGUAUCAAUCACCACUGAUCAUGAUACAGUGAUACAGUCAGCCAUUGUGCAGGUUUUCCCAGAGACACGCCAUCGUUUCUGCAAGUGGCACAUCUUUAAGAAAUGCCAAGAGAAGCUAUCCCAUGUGUUUCUUAAGCAUCCAAAUUUUGAAGCAGACUUCCAUAAAUGUGUUAACUUGACUGAUUCCAUUGAAGAGUUUGAAUCUUGCUGGUUAUCACUUGUUGAUAAGUAUGAUCUCAGGGAUCAUGAGUGGCUUCAAACGAUAUACUCUGCUCGUAGGCAAUGGGUACCAGUGUAUUUACGGGAUACAUUUUUUGCAGAAAUGUCUAUAACACAACGAAGUGAUAGUAUGAACUCAUAUUUUGAUGGGUAUGUGAAUGCAUCAACCAAUCUAAAUCAGUUCUUUAAACUGUAUGAGAAAGCAUUGGAGAGUCGCAACGAGAAAGAAGUGAAAGCAGAUUAUGAUACAAUGAACACAUCUCCUAUUCUCAAGACCCCUUCACCAAUGGAGAAACAAGCAUCUGAGAUGUACACUAGAAAGUUAUUUGUGAGAUUUCAGGAGGAGCUGGUUGGGACACUUACAUUUAUGGCUUCCAAAGUGGAAGAUGAUGGAGAUGUGACAACCUAUCAAGUAUCAAAGUUUGGGGAGGAUCAUAAAGCUUACUAUGUUAAGUUUAAUGCAUUGGAGAUGAGGGCAACUUGUAGCUGCCAGAUGUUUGAGUUCUCAGGCCUUCUUUGCAGACAUGUGUUGGCUGUCUUUAGAGUGACAAAUGUCCUUACUCUUCCUACUCAUUACAUUUUGAAGCGAUGGACGAGAAAUGCCAAAAGCACAAUUAUACUAGAAGAACGGUCCAGUGAUGUAUUAAGCAGUUAUCUGGAGUCUCAUAUUGUCCGAUACAAUACCUUACGUCAUGAGGCAUUCAAAUUUAUUGAGGAAGGGGCAGAGUCUGUUGAGUCUUACAAUGUGGCCAUGGUUUCUCUGCAAGUUGCUGCUGAAAGGGUUGCCCUUGCUUCAAAGAAUGAGGGGAAAACACCUAUGGUCAAUGGGCGUACCAGGGAGGACUCAACCAGUGAGGGAACUCGGGCAAAUUAUGGUUCUGGGGAUCACCCAAGGGGUAUCUCUCAGCAAUUGUCUGAGGAUGACAUGGACAAGAAGAUCCAAGAUCUCACCCUUGAGCUGGACUGUGCUAAUAAAAAAUAUGAAGUUUACAGGGCCAAUCUGCUUUCAGUUUUGAAGGAUAUUGAAGAUCAUAAACAACAGCUAUCAGUUAAAGUACAAAAUGUAAAGCUUAGCAUGAGGGAUGGCUUCUGAAGGGAGAGCAUAUCCUAAUGUUCGGCUAUCAGUUGGGUUAGCGUGGUGGUGGAUGUGAAAUUGAAGCUGCAAUGAGGAUGAUGAUGUAGUGUGCUGCUCUUGUGGGUUAAUUCUCGUAAGGUUGAUUCUGUCCCAUCAAAUCAUAGUUCCAAGUUUCAGGCGAAGUAUCAUGUGGGUUAAGGACCCAGGUAAUCUCCAAAAAGUAGAAGCUAGCAACACCCCGAAUGGCUGUCAACUGAGGUGUAAAUGAGGUUGGACACCAAUCAAAUUCUGGUUAUUCCUUGUAGCAGUAAUAUAUAAUACAUUUUGCCCAUAUCUUUCUUUAGUUGAGGUCAGAUUUGCAGAUUUGGUAUGAUAUUACGUGAAAUGAUUCAUAUUGUGGUUAGAGAAAUAAUUCUGGUAAGAAAGAAACGUUGUAAAUGGUGCUGGA